UGCAAACUUUAGGGCGUCUGUGUGAAAUCUUUGAUAGCGGAAUCAUGAGCUUCAUGCAACCAAGUCCUGUUAAGUACGCGUGCUCCUGCGGCAUAGUGAACCCCAUCAACAAACUCUUCUUCUGCCGCCACUGCCCGAAGCUAAGAUGCGGCUACUGCGUAAGUCACGAAGUUGAAUCGCACUUUUGCUCCAAUUGUUUGGAGAAUAUACCGUCCUCGGAAGCGCGUCACAAGAAAAACUGUUGCGCCAACUGUUUCGAUUGUCCCUGCUGCCACCAUACGCUAUCUGCUCGAGCUACCACGGUACCAGUGGUGCGAAAAACUGAGGAGCCCAAGGACGGUGAGAGUGCUGGCGCAGCCACUCCUCCUCCGGCCAGUAGCAAGCCCUCUGCAGUGCCAACCACGAAGAAAAUGUACUAUUUGUCCUGUCUGUCGUGUCGUUGGACCACUCGCGACGUUGGCAUUCCGGAUCAGGGCGUGGCAACGGGCACCUGGCCGGAUAAUGAGUGUUUGUAUCAGGCUCGGUUCAACACUCUAAUGGAAUAUUAUCAGUCGGUGGUGCUUCAAGAGAAACAAGAGAAGCAGGAGUUUCAGCGACGCAAAGCGCCCAAGGCGCACAAGUUUCCUAGCCUGACGGACCGCACGGGCCUAACGGUAUCGCUGAUACGUCGCCAAAUCGGAUGGUCGGAAAAAAACGUGCCCAAAACAAAGCCACUGAACAUUACGCCUGCCGAGGCAAUAAGCGAAUUGGAGGACUUACCCCAGGACAUCUUUACGCAGCCCAUAAAUCUGCGUAACAUAACGACUGUGGCUCAGAGACAUAGCCAGCCGGCUGAUCAACCCACGGCUGUUGGCAAUCUCUAUCCGCAACGCCGGUCACUGUGGAUCAAGCGUUCGUUACGUUGUCGUCAAUGUGAGCACAAUCUAAUCAAGCCGGAGUAUCAUCCCACAUCCAUAAAGUAUCGCAUACAGUUGUUCGCCAGCUAUCACGUGCCCGAGGUGGUAAUGGUGCGCUUGGAGCACCCUUUGGAGGCAGGACAAAGCAAUGCCAUACUUCUGAAACUGUCCAAUCCAACGAUGUAUGACAUGACCAUCAGCAUUUUGGACGAGAAACCGACGGAGGAGCCGCAAAUAAAUCCCGAUGAGUUUCAGGCAACGUGCAAAAUCAAGGAGGAAGCUGUCACUUCGUCUCCACUAAUGAAGGUGGCGGCAUUAGCUCGUCAAACACUAACUAAAGAAGUAACUCGGGAGGUGCGGGACGUGGCGAAUGCUAAAAUUAAGCUCCUAGAGAGCGAGUUUGUACUAAAUCAGCGCGACGAUUCCAAGGAAUUUGAUGAGGAAGUGCAGGCGCAGACAGAGGAACCAAACUUCAUUGUCUGGCGCAAGGGGAACAAAGUGCUGCUGAGGCUACAGUUUACGCCGGCAGCGGAGCUGGAAGUCAACGAUGUCGUCACUCUGGGCUUCUUUAUGCAGUACACAUAUGUGAACACCGUCUCAAAUACGGCCGAAAAGAAGGAACCGACCACACAUACCCUCAGCUCCAGGCUCUUCAUCGAUGCUGGCCGAAUUGAAAAAGGCAACUAAGAUGUAUAAUGAAUGCUUUUAUAUCGUUGCUGCUUAUAAAAGCAAUUCAGCUUUCCUUAUACUAAAUCUAGUGUCCCUAGAAGUCACUCUAAUCCAUGCGGUUACUAAAAAUCCGACUAAACAGCUACUGCAGCUUACACGCUUUAAAAAAAGCUAUAAAUAUAUUAUGAAUGUCUGUAUUUACGCUACUAAUUUAUAUAACAGAAGUAAGAAAUAUAUUUAGGCGUCACAAAGGUAAAAAAAAAUUAUAAUUUCCUGUUGCAAAGUAGAAA